AUGCAACAUGUUCAAAAGACAACACAAGAAUCAACUACGGCAGUAAAAGACAAACAAGAACACGAUCUUGUUAACCUUGACUUGCGUUUACCUACAUUUUGGAAUUCAAAAGACAAAUCAAAAAAUAUCGAUGUUGGCAGUAAUGGCAUCGAAUUGACAUAUAUCGGACCAGGCAAGCAAGAGACACAUGCAGCACUAGCAAGAUCAAACUUUCCUAUGCGACCUCAAUGUGGUAUAUUCUAUUAUGAGAUGAAAGUGAUAUCCAAGGGAGAGGAUGGAUAUAUCGGUAUUGGAUUUUGCUGUGCAGAGAACAAGACAGAACGACUUCCCGGAUGGGACGUAGAUUCUUGGGGGUAUCAUGGGGACGAUGGCCACUCAUUUGCUGGUUCUGGCAUUGGACAAAAUUAUGGUCCUUGCUUUACAACCGGAGAUGUCAUUGGCUGUGGCGUCAAUUUUGCAGAUAGGUCAGCCUUUUAUACAAAGAAUGGCAAGUUUUUGGGCACAGCGUUCAAGCAGAUUGAUGUGAGUAAACCGUUGUAUCCGUCUGUUGGAUUGCGUACGACCGGAGAAAAGAUUACAACCAAUUUUGGACAUGAGCCAUUUAUGUUUGAUAUUGAACAGUAUAUCAAGAUGAUAUCCAGACAAUCCAUUGAUAGAACACCGUAUACAGAAUAUGAUCUCAAUCAACUUGUUCUAUCUUACUUGAUACACCAUGGAUACACCAAGACUGCAUUUGCAUUUGUUAAGAAUACAAAGAGUAUAUCGGAUACAGAUCAAGAAGAUACAGUCACUGUCCGCGGAACCGGAAUGGAACAACGAACAGCUAUUCGAUCGGCUAUUAUUCGAGGAGAUAUAGACGAUGCAAUUAGAUUAAUUCAGCAACACUUUCCAAAGCUUUUAGAUCAAGGAGAACGCGGUAAAUCAGUUCAAUUAAUGCUAAAAUGUGGUAAAUUUGUGGAGAUGAUGCGAGAAUACUCUUCAUCUAUAAACCAAAAGAAAGACGAAAUAUUCUCAUUGUUGGCUUAUCACGAUCCUUAUACGAGUCCAGUAUCACAUAUAAUGAGUGUUUCAAGAAGAGAUGCAUUAGCUACAGAAGUAAAUGCUGCUAUUCUGGCAUUUCUUCAACAACCAGAGAUACCUGCUUUGGAACGCAUUUAUCGACAGCUUAUUCUAAGUAAUAAAAUGCUGGCUAUAGAAGGAGAUGGUACAUCAGCUCUAGUUAAAGUAGAAGAUUAUUAUAUGAACCAUAUGGAAAAAAUAAAAAUGCCUUAA